GCGGCCGCUGCGUGAGAGCAGGAGGAGGCAGCCUGAGCCCGUGGGUCCCCGCUGGUUCCCACCGACCUCAUCAAGUUUACAAUAGCGAACGAAACGCUCCCUCUCCGGCCUUCUCUCCCACAAUGCCUCCAUGUUUGUCCGGGUCCGGUCACGCAGCGGCUCGCGCACGGUAAGCAUUUCUGUUGUUGUUUAACCAGAACCGUCCGCGGCGAAGUGACACCGGGACUCGAACAAGUGACCCGCCUUGCAGAGUUGUAAGAGCGGCUGUUCGGAGGGAGACACGCAGCGUAGGUGGCCCGGAGGCAGCACCGCAGGGAACACGGUCACCAGGCGGAUUUUCCUGCGCUUGACGUCCGGGAGCAGGAGGAAGGGCACCCGCCGCGGCUGCUGGUUUUCUCCCCCGCGGGGAAGGAGGCUAUGAAAAGUGGACUGUCCGGUUCGUCCUCUCCAUCCACCGCCUCCUCCAGCCUGCAUGGAACACAGUGUGCCCUCCGCCACACAGCCCGGUUCUCGGUGAAUACAUGCCGUAGCAGUCCCCGGUCCAGAGUCCAGCUUCCUCCGCGAAAACCAUCAGCAUCAUGAGGACCACCGAGGAGACGGAGGGCUUCGACGCCGAGGCCUCCAACACGUCCAUGAUCUCCGGGGCCAGCAGCCCCUACCAGCCCACCACCGAGCCCGUCCACGCCAGGAACGUGUUCGGGGGGAUUCGGUGCGACGUGCACUACCUCAAGUCCUACUUCGGGAUCCUGAAGGUGGUUGAAGUGGUCCUAUCACUCAUCGGAUUCAUCUGCAUAGAGACCAUCAUGAUGUGCUCCCCCUGUGGAGGCGUCUACUUCUUUGAGUUUGUCAGCUGCAGUGCCUUCGUGGUGACAGGAGUGCUCCUCCUGAUCUUCUGCCUCAACCUGCACACCAAGGUGCCCCAUGUCAACUGGAGCCUCACGGACCUGGUUAACACGGCUGCCAGCACCUUCUUCUUCUUCUUGUCGUCCCUCGUGCUCGCCUGCAUGAACCACAACAGUGGAGCGGAAAUCGCAGCAGUGAUCUUUGGCUUCAUGGUGACGGGUGCGUAUGGAAUCAACACCUUCCUGGCCGUACGGAAAAUGCGCCUUGGCAACAGCUGUCCGAGGGCGCCGCAGACCAGCGACUACAUGAGAGCGCGCACGGCAUCUCGUGGAGAAGUGGAGGCACGACCCGAGAUCGCCUGAGAUCCGGCACACGGUCAAAAGAAAAGACAAAGAGGAAGCCACACCACCGUGGGGACAGCCGAGACACUUCUCUGCCUUCAGAACUGUGAAGUCUGUGGCAGAACGGCCUUCCCUCGCUCGCCACGCGCUUUUUGACUUCUCAUCAAACCACUUGAGCUGAGCUGUCUCGCUGCUCAGCUGCUGAACACAUCUUCACUUCACAGCCACGCUCUGUGGAGUGUGUGUGUCAGGCUGCAGGUCCACAGAGAGAGAGUCUAAACUUUCAUCCACUUAUCUUUCUGUCUGAAGGAUGAUGUCCACGAAGAACCAUUUAAGGUCGACUUCACUCCAACUGUGCAUCAGUGACGAUGGUGUUGAUAUAUAUUUUUAUUUUUUAGAUCGGUUUGUGUUUCACUGUGAAUGAAGUGAAGUAGAGGAAGGUCAGCUUUUGUACAGUUUGCUUAUAUCACGCUGCUGUUCGUAAAGUCUUUGGUAAUAAUAGAUGUGAUUGUGGAUCCAGGACGCCCCUGUACCAGAGACCCACAGCAGCCUGCAGGGAAACAGAGGCACCACGACUUCACUGGUCGCUGGUUUGUUUCCACCUGUGACGUUGAAUAUUUCAAGAUCACACUUUGAAAAAGGCCUUUCAACAUGACCUUUUAAUGACCUUUUUAUUUGAGCUACUAUUAAGAUCUCUGCCAUCGAUAAGCAUAGAGUAACAGUACAGGGUCUUUCUUCACUGCAAUAAAGACAGGAAGUGAAAGAAAAGGUCAAAAUAUCUGACUGAAACAGAAAUCCUGUUCAGACCUGAUUAACAUCCGUCCUGAGGGAUCUGAUCACUCUCUCUCUCUCUCUCUCUCUCUCUCUCUCUCUCUCUCUCUCUCUCUCUCUCUCUCUCUCUCUCUCUCUCUCUCUCUCUCUCUCUCUCUCUCAGGACAGAUGUCAAUACCACGUCUGAACAGAGACAGAUUUACUUAUUCACAACACAAUCUAAAACAACGGGUUUGAUUCUAUUACGAGACCAAAGUAAGAGUUCAUAACACUCCAUUCCAUGAAUUUGAUCCCAGAUUGUUGUAAUUAAUAUAUAUAUUAAAUAAGAAUGAAAAGAAAUUGAUAAUUGAAGUCUAUGUGAGCCAGGAGAUGAAAGGUAACCAUAUUUUCCUAUAAGACGUUUUAAGCAACUCAAUUUGUCGAACACCAGCAGGGGGGCUGGUCCAGAUCGAUGUCCUCGGCCUGAACUGAACCUCAGGAAUCGAACCCACUCCGUCAUUCUUAGACAACAUUUGAAAUGAAAUCACAGGGUGCCUCGACGUGAACGCUGUAUCUCCCACUGCCUUCUAAAUUAUCACACGAGACGGGACCAUCACAGAGGUUUAUAAUUCAUUUAUAAUACAAAAAAAGCAAGGUGGAGACAUUGGGAUGGACAUAUGGUACAUUUAACAGCAUUUAACUCUGUAUUUAACUCUUUGAAUUAAAUGUCAGUGUAUCUACAGUAUAUUAUCACACAUUUCACUCGUUAUGAAGUCUGUCAUCCCACAUUGCAGCUCGUUUUAGUCCUUCCUGUUCGACCAGUGUAGUCGACAAGGAAACAGGAAGUUUAAAAAAAAAAAAAAUCUAAUCUUUGCUUAUUUUUUAGUUUAAAGGAAGAAAUGCUUAUUUAAGUUGUGUCAUCUCUCAUCGUAGUGAUGUAUUGAAGCAACACUACAGUUACAAAUGGUUGUGUUUUCUUUGUUGUGUGUGACCCCUGUGUGUAUAUUUGGCUCGGGGUGAGUAUGUGCAGGGUCUGUGUUGACUCUGUGGCUCCAUCUCCUGGUCGACAUCAUUGUGUGCGUGUGUGUGUAAAAGGACCAGAAGUGUAAUUGUGUGUGAAAAAUAAAACUGUGUGCUUUUUAAAUAGCCUCAGAGGUUUUCACACUACACAAUAUGUUUGAAUAAUCAGACUUUUCUCAUGUUUUCAAAUAAUUUAUAUGAUAUCUUUUGAUCUAGCGACUGAAAGAAUUGUACGGAAAGACAAUCACGUGUAUUUAUAUCCGUCACUUAAAGGUUCAGUGUGUAAGAUUUAGGUGCAAGGGAUCUAUUGGCAAAAAUGGAAUAUUAAAUAAUCCUUGUGAUGUUUUCACUUGUGUGAUUUAUUUAAAUUGAACAAAUGUUGUUUUUCUUACCCUAGAAUGAGCCCUUCAUAUUUAAAUACUUUAUAUUUACAUCAGGAGUGGUUCCUCUCUAUGGAGGCAGCCAUGUUUUUUACAGGAGCCCAAACUGGACAAACUAAACAUCUUUUGAGUUUUUAUGACAACUGAAGGCGACCACAGGUUCUCCUUCAUGUUUGGGAGGGGAGGGUGAGAUGAGGGGUAUUCAGCUGCAACAUGCAAUGACACCACUAGAUGUCACCAAAGUCUACACAAUGAACCUUUAACCUUGAUUCAUAUAUAAUUUUUUUUUGAGUGACACUAUAACAAUUAAUCACCUAAACUAUUGAACAGCAGAAAAAUCAUUCAAGCGCAUUUUACUAUUUGUUUUUUAAAAGCUUAAUGUACCAGCCAUUGCUACAGUAUGUCAUGAAGAAUAUGUAUUUAUGGAGAAAGAAACGUUUUGUUUCCAGGUUGUGAUAUAAACAGUUUACACACAUCAGGUGUAAAUGAAUGAAUGUUUGAAUGAAAUUAUAAGUGAGAUGCUAAUUUUCUUCCCUUUUAACUGUGUUAAUAAAUCCAAUACAGUGUGUCGUGUACAGCACGGA